AUGAUGCUGGAAGAGAAGUACAUUGGCCUGGCGCUGGCCAUAGCAUCAAGUUUGGCAAUUGGUGUGAGCUUCGUGAUCACGAAAAAGGGACUCAUACAUGCGGAAGAACGGCACGGCUUCGAAGGUGAUGGCUACGUCUACUUGAAGAGCCCGAUAUGGUGGGCUGGAAUUUCGACACUGGUCCUGGGAGAGAUUUGCAACUUCGCCGCCUACGCCUUUGCGCCAGCCAUUCUCGUGACCCCCCUCGGCGCUUUGUCCGUCCUGAUCGGAGCCGUCCUUGGAUCCUACUUCCUCAACGAGCAGCUCGGCGUUUUGGGCAGGCUGGGAAGCGCCAUCUGUCUUCUCGGUGCCGUCAUUAUCGUUCUGCACGCCCCGCCUGAUGAGGACAUCCAGACCAUCGACCAGAUUCUGCACUAUGCCAUCCAGCCCGGCGCUCAUCGUGUUGCGCCAGGUUUUCUGUUCUACGUUUUCGCCGUCAGCGUCUUCGCCGUCGUCAUGAUUUACAAGAUUGCUCCCGUCUACGGAAGGAAGAGCCCCCUCAUCUACCUGCUCAUUUGCUCGACCGUCGGCUCCGUCUCAGUCAUGUCGGUCAAGGCCUUUGGCAUUGCCCUGAAGCUCACCUUUGCGGGCCAUAAUCAGUUCUCGCACCCCUCGACCUACGUCUUCAUGAUCUUGACCACCGUCUGCAUCCUGACCCAGAUGAACUACUUCAACAAGGCGCUUGCUCACUUCCCUACCAAUAUCGUCAACCCCCUCUACUACGUCACCUUUACGACCUUUACCCUCUGCGCCUCUUUCAUCCUCUUCAGCGGCUUCAACACGACCGACGUUGUUAAUACACUCUCCCUCCUCAGCGGCUUCCUGACGACAUUUGCCGGCGUCUACCUGCUGAACCUCUCAAGGUCGGACCCGCACGGCCAGAAGAUGGUCUCUGGCCGCGGCGGCCCCGACGCCACCGGCACCGACAUGGUCUCGAGCAUCCAGACCCGUCUCAGUCUGCAGGCCAGGAGGAGCACGGAUCCCCGGCACAGCAUGAGCAGCCACCACGGCGACACGACGGGCCUGAUGCGGGCCUACGACGAGGAGGCGGGUGCCGAGUUUGGCCUCACCGACCUGGCCGAAGACAGCGACGACGACUCGCAGACGGGCCGCGUCAACGGCAAUGCCAACGGCAACGGCAAGUCAAGAGGCCACAACGAGAUCGAGAUGCAGCCUCCGAGGUCACACGACAGAUAA